UGAUAAACAAGACGCCAUGAUGUUUCUUUCAGUAUCAAAGCUGCUGUGAGUGUCAUGAUCGUGAAGAAAGUAUUACAGUAUUAUAUAUUUAAAUUUUAUUGUGUGUACAAAUUUUUUUACAAAUAAAUUAAAUAAUAAGCAUGCUGAUAAGAGAGUGGUGUACGAUUUUUAUCCAUUUUCUUAUUGCUUGGAGGACGAAUUAGAUUACAUUUUAAAACUGAAUAUAUACGAUUAAAUAAACAUCUGACAAAAAGGAUAUAAGUGUCUUAUAGAAAGGACGAAGAAAAACGCCGUAACGUUUCACGGCAGAAAAGAAACGGAAAUAGAGGUUAGCUUAUUGAACACAACUACCCUAGUCAGUUAAGAUGGCAGUCAUUAUGGUAUAGUGGUAGUCGAAAUGAUAUCAAUUUAGUUAAAACGUUCAAUGAAGAAACAAAGGAGGAAAGCAUUUCUUAUGAGUGUUAAUGUUUGUGAGUUUCGGUGGCUAUCUUAUCGGUUUUGUACUUUGCAAUAAUGUCUAAAAAGAAUAAUUGCAACAAAAUGUUGGUUCAUCAGUUAUCAUCAGUGCUACCUGAUGAUAGACCCAUCACAGCCAUAAGUGUUGUUGAAGAUAUAGAUAAGUGUCCACCAAAUUUUACAGUGGUAUCAAGAACGUAUGAUCAAGAUACUGAUGCUGAUCUAUGGAGAGAAAGUGGGCUUUUUAUUAAAAAAAAAGGCAGAUAUAUAUGUUUUUCCAAGACUGAAGGUUUACCUCAGUGCGUUGUUGAAGAUAUAGCAGUUAUUAAUGAGCGAGAUACUCCUCCAGAAGGAUACAGCAUAAUUUCUUACACUGUAGAUUCAAUGCAGAAAGCAUGGAGAAAGAAGCAGGUGUGCUAUAAAAUUAGAAAUAAAGAAUUAUGCUCAAAAGCAGUUACUGAUAUUAUCAUAUGUAGUAGACUUAUACAUAAAGUUUAUAAUACAUCCAAAAUGGCACCAAACGGAUUUAUUGCUGCUGGUAUUAUCAAUGGAGUUUGUGUUUGCUACAAAACUGUGGAUAUUGUAAAUGAAAAUUCAAAUUCACAAUCAUAUGUUAAUAUAGACUUACUUCAAAAUGUUUCUCCAAAUUCAUCAAAUGGAACAUCCCAUAGAAUACCUCCUGAAAGACCACCAAAACCAACAAAUGGGGUUUAUCCACAAAUUAGUGGAAGCGGAGGAAAGGAUAUUGAAGAAUCUGAUGAUAGAGAUUAUGAAAUUUUGAAUCCUAGUGCAAGAAUUAGACCAACUAGACCUGCUCCACAACCUCCUACGUCAAUAGUUACUGGAUCUACAUCAAUUUACGGUACACUGCCAGGAUCUUCUGAUUUAGAUGGAGUUCCAUUUAUUCUUAAUUCACGUCUUAGUGUUCAUUCUGAUUCUUCUACCAAUAAACUUCCUGUAAUUAAAAUUUGGACUCAAGAAAAUUUGGAUAAAGAGUUUUUUUAUGACUUUCGCGCAGAGAGAGAAACUUGAAGAAACCACUGUGCCAAAUUAAUUGUGUGAUUCUUCAUGCAAUUUUUCAGCUAUGUCUAUACAUUUGUAUUGAUAAUGUAGCACUAGCCAAGUGUAAUAGAGUGCCUGAACGAAUGAUUCAUACUAAUCUGCGAAAAUGGAAUCCUUUUAAAACAUUUACAUGAAAUGUUUGAAUUUAAAUAUUGUCCAUUUUCCGAAGUACUUUUUUCUUCCAUAUUCUAUUUAGAUUUUGAUACCAGUGACAGUUAGCGUUGUAUUUUUAUAGAGUUGCGUUGUAUUUUUAUAGGUAGUAGAAGUUAUAUAUAUAAGUGUAUCAUAUGUUCUAGUUGUUUAUAAAUCGUCAUAAAAUAUCUUAAUAUUAUACUGGUGUAUUCCUAUUUCUUAAUCAAACGCAAAAAUCUUUCAAUAAAGUUAUUUUUAAUUUUAUUUCCGACAAAAAAA